AUGAAGCUGCUUACAGCAGCCUUCCUCAUGUUCGGCACUUUGGUACCCACCGCCGCUGGAUUACCAAAGGCGCCCUGGGUUCAACAGCGAACAAAAGGCCAUGGCCGGAAGCUCUUUGGGGCCAGUAUUGAGAAAAGAGGACAGAAAGUGCGCGACGACUGUGUCGUGAAGGCUGCCCUCGAUAUCGAUGCACCCAAGGAAAACAUUUGGGCCGGCUUGACUGAACCGGAAGCUGUAAGUAUUGUUGAAUGGAUGUUCGCUCAGCCGGAGCUCAACCUCACCGCUUCUGAAGAUGCAGGGAGCUGGGACAAUACUCUUCUCCUAGUUGAGCUUAUGCGACCCAACAAGACUGAUGCAUUGUCAUAUGUUGAUGACGCGGGCUCACUCCCAACUCGUUACGCCCACGCAGUCAUCUCUCACCAGGCGGAUGAGAAUCCGUACUACCAAGAUAUUCUCGUCGGACCGCUGCCGGUUGCCAAUGGCACCACCACUUGGUCCGCGCUCGAGUAUCCUUACACUCGCAAGACGGAGGGCAAGAUUCGAAACUUGGACGCAGAUGAGGAUGCCCUCUAUGACGAAUGGCUGUUCCAAGUGAGUGCCACAGUCUCCGACAUUACCUUGGAUCUGUGGAACGCCACCGCACUCGGUCUGGACAAUGAUACUCUGUCAAUCUGGGGCAUUGACCCGGUUUAUCAAGAAGGAGAUCAAAUCCUGCGAUGGGACACAUUCUGGAGCAACCCAUCAACAAUUUUUGACGUGGGGUCCAUGAUGCCAAUGGGCCUCUUCUUCAUGUCUGAUGUCAGUGGCCGAGAUACCUCCAAGUGGACGGUUGAAGGGUGGUACUACAAUGGAAUCUUCUACGACACUACUGAAGACUUCCGUGCUGCAUAUUGGAGCGGAAAGGUUGAGAAGCUUGAUGGAAACUGGUCAGGCCCUUGGGCCGAGACCGACCAGCAGGGAACUAUUCCUCCCCUGGACACGAUGGCUCCUCCGGUUGCAACUGCCCCUCAGGGUUCUCGAUAUAAUGUUGACGCCGAAAGAAAGUAUGUAGAGUGGAUGGGAUGGAGCUUCUACAUCGGAUUCGACCGUGAUAGCGGAAUGGCGCUCUAUGAUAUUCGAUACAAAGGCCAGCGCGUGCUCUAUGAGCUGGGUCUUCAGGAAGCCCUGGCCCACUACGCUGGAAGUGACCCGACACAGUCUCAUACUGCAUACCUGGAUACAUACUACGGGUUUGGGCCUUUCGCAUUUGAGCUCCUCAAAGGCUAUGAUUGCCCUGCGUACGCAACAUAUCUCAACUCGAGUUUCUAUGUUUCCGAGACGACGCACACUCACUUGAACAGCAUCUGUCUGUUCGAGUUCGAUGCAGACCAUCCCAUGGCUCGACACAGUUCGGCAGAAUACGUGACGGCGACGAAGAAUGUUUACUUCACUGUUCGCUCAGUAUCGACAGUCGGAAACUAUGACUACAUGUUUAGUUACAGCUUCUUCAUGGACGGUUCGAUUGCCGUCGAGGUUCGUGCGUCUGGAUACAUCCAGGCUGCCUUUUUCGCCAAGAACCACGACUACGGAUUCCACAUUCACGAUCAGCUUUCUGGCUCAAUGCACGACCAUGUGCUCAACUUCAAGGCCGACUUUGACAUCCUCGGCACAGAAAACACUGUCCAGCUCAUGGAGCAGGUGCCCCAUAAAACUACGUACCCCUGGUCGAAGGGCAAGGUCUUUAACACGAUGAAGCUGAACCGAUCGUAUGUCGAGAAUGAAGAUGAAGGACAGUUCAACUGGGGCUACAACAACCAAAAGCAGGUUUUCGUUGUUAACCAGGAUGAAAACAACAAGUAUGGCGAGCACAGAGGAUACCGCAUCCUGCCGUACACGGGUGCCGCGCAUCUCACAGUUAAAGACUCGAGCGUCUUGAAAAAUAGUGCAAAAUGGGCUGAGCACGAUAUUAUGGUAUCUAGGCGGAAGGAUACGGAACCCAGAAGCACACACACGUACAACAACCAAGACACAGAGAAUCCGCCAGUCGACUUUUCCAGGUUCUUUGACAGCGAGAGCCUAAACCAGACUGAUUUGGUGCUCUGGCUUAAUUUGGGCAUGCACCAUGUCCCUCAUACUGGAGAUCUCCCCACAACGGUAUUCACAACAGCCCACUCUGAAAUCCAGUUCAUGCCCACCAACUAUUUCAACGUCGGCGCCAACGUCGAAACGGUGAACAUGGUGCGAGUAAACUACAAAGACGGCGACGCUACCGAUGUCAUCCACUUCGGCGCCUAUGACGGCACUUGCGACUUGGACUAUGAGCCGGCUUUCGUUGACUUGUGGGAGUAUAAGGGCGAUGUCGUGGUCCGCAAGUUCCCCUACUCGCCGGAUGACCUGUAUUACGAGACGGACUCGAUUUAA